AUGGCAAACACCAAUCACCUCGUGGGCACGAAUGAUCUCAACUUGAUCGAGGCUCCUAUCACUUGGCGCGCAUAUCUGAUCUGUGGCUUCGCCAGCUUCGGGGGUAUUCUCUACGGUUAUGACUCUGGAUACAUCUCGGGUGUUCUUGGAAUGCCCUAUGUGAAGAAACAUUUGGGUGUUCAUCGGACUCCAACCAAAGAUGACCCCUCCGAGUACAUCAUCAAGAGCUCCCACAAGUCCCUCAUCACCUCUAUUCUCUCGGCUGGUACCUUCUUCGGGGCUUUGAUCGGUGGUGAAGCUGCUGAGCGAAUCGGUCGCCGUCUCACUAUCAUGUUCGCCUGUUUUGUUUUCGCUAUCGGAGUGGCCAUUCAAGUUAGUACCAGCAGCUUUGCUGGCCUAGUCGCCGGUCGUCUCGUUGCAGGUUUCGGAAUGGGUGGUGUUUCCGCCGCUGUCGUUCUUUACGUCUCUGAGAUAGCUCCUCGCAGGGUCCGUGGUACGCUGGUUUCUGUCUAUCAAUGGGCGAUCACGAUUGGACUGCUUGUUGCUUCCGGCGUUGAUCAAGGCUGCAAGGAUCGCGAUAACAGCUCCUCGUAUCGAAUUCCUAUCGGCAUCCAAUUCAUCUGGGCAGCGAUCCUUGCCGGUGGACUCUUUAUGCUCCCGGAAUCACCUCGUUAUCUUGUUAAAUGCGGUCUCAUGGAUGAAGCACUGCGUUCCCUUGAGCUAGUUCGUGGCCAGUCGAGCUCCAAUAUCGCCGUCCAGGCUGAGCUUGCUGAAAUCAAAGCCAACUUCGAGUACGAAAAGCAAAUCGCGAGCACUUCCUGGGCCGACUGCUUCAAGGGAGGUAGCCUUCCGCAAGGUAAUCUACGUCGAGUUAUCACUGGCGUCGCCCUUCAGAUGUUCCAACAAUGGACCGGUAUCAACUUCAUCUUCUACUAUGGCACCACGUUUUUCCAAGAGGUAGGCAUGCACAACCCGUUUCUGAUGUCUACCAUUAUGAACGUUGUCAAUGUUGCCACCACCCCGGCCUCUUUUUACAUGGUGGAGAAAUUCGGUCGACGCACCUUGCUCAUCUGGGGCGCCGUCGUUAUGUGUCUCUGCGAGUACAUCGUUGCGAUAGUGGGCGUUACUCAUGAAGGAAGCCAUGCCGCGAGCGUCUGUCUUAUCGUUUUUACUUGCUUUUACAUCGCAGGUUUUGCCACUACCUGGGGACCAGCCGCUUGGGUAGUCAUCGGUGAAAUCUAUCCCCUCCCAAUUCGAGCCAAAGGUGUUGCUCUUGCAACUGCGUCGAACUGGUUCUGGAACUGUAUCAUUGCAGUUAUCACCCCUUACAUCGUGGAUGAAAACGAGGGCGACUUGAAAGUCAAAGUCUUUUUUGUCUGGGGUAGUGCUCUCUUCUUGUGUCUUUUGUUCGCAUUCUUCUGCGUUCCCGAGACCAAGGGAUUGAGUCUGGAACAAGUCGACAAGAUGCUCGAGGAGUCCACACCCAUGACCAGUGCGAAAUGGAAGCCUCAUGAGACAUUUGCGCAUGAAAUGGGUCUGACCGACAAGGCUGAGCCUACCAUCAGUCACCAGGAGCAUGAUCCUUCUGUCUAUGACACAUCCGGCUCUAUGUCCGCUGCAUGA